GUUUCUGUCUUCUUGACAACGGAAAUUUGUGAGCAUUGUGCGGUUGUGAAAUCAAUAAUUCUAAUAAGUUUACUGUAUCUAUGUGAAAAAUGUUCUAAAUUUGAUAAAAGAUUGAAUUUAUCACCAUUUUCCAUUGUUACUCUUUUUACCUCGAGUGAAAAUGGCUGAUCCUCGAAUCAAAGCUUUAAAAAUUAAAACAGGUGUUGUCAAGAGGUUGACGAAAGAAAAAGUAAUGUACGAGCGUGAAGCAGAAUCUCAGAGGAAUCGCAUUCAAAAUCUCAAAAGUCAAAACAAAGAUGAGUAUGACAUCAAGAAGCAAGAAGAAGUCUUGAGAGAAUCCCUAAUGAUGGUGCCAGACUGUCAGCGAAGACUUGCAAAGGCGUUUGAAGAACUCAAAACACUUGUUGACCAUGAAAAGGAUCUUGCAGAAGAAGAAGACUAUGCAACAGCUGUUCAAAUCCUUGAAGAAGCAAAGUCAGAACUACCAACUUAAUAGACAAUCCUCUUGAUUUUGCAUCACCUCUAAGUUUCCACAUUUCUAACCCUUAAUUUUACACUUUUUUAUCACCGUUUUCAAUUUAAGUUGGACCCUCAUUCUUUUAAAAAAAAAAAACAAUUUACUAACAUUUUUUAAUCCAUAUGAGAGAAGGACCUCGCCCGAGCUCUGAGACUCUAGUUUUUCACAGUUAAAUACUGAGUGUUGUUAACACUACCGGAACUUUUAGUGCUAAUUCAUCAGCUGGUGAAAA